AGGCUCAUGUCGUUCACGAUCCAACGAAGACUGCUCCGUGCGAGCUGGCUGCCGUCCGUCUUGCGGGCCGCCCGAGUCGCCGUCUUUCCCGAUAACGCCCUGGCCCCAGCACGCAGACCACCGACAAGCGACGAGAUCGCCGACAUUCGACGCGAAUGCGCCGAGACUAUCGUCGACACGACACCCGAAGUCGUUCGCGCAUCCUUCUUUGCGACCAAAGACCGAGAUCUGAUGAGAGACGAUGUUGCGACCGAGCUAGAUCUGCUCGCUGAUGCGUACAUCAACAAGCACUUGAUCGUCUCCGUCAUCGAGCUCCUCGUGGUCCGCCUCUUUCCCGAACUGAAACCUGUCGAAGGUGGGGACGCUGUAGAUCGAUUAGGAUAG